AUGAACUUAAUCUCAAAUUCAUAUUCUGAAUCAUCUUACAACAAAUACUAUAACAAUUUAUAUCAUCCAUACUGCACAAUAUGCUGUAAUUCAGUGGAAAUCUCUCAAUCCAACACGCUUAAAGGGACACCGCAACCUUAUAAAUCUGAAAUAACAAGAAAAGUUCGCUCUUACGUGACACUGGCAUGUACCAGUUGUCGAGAUAGAAAGGAAAAAUGUUCGGGUGAGGAAAUAUGCGCGAAUUGUAAGAGACAUAAUCGCGAAUGUGUAUACAUUAAGCCUACUAAAAAAAGGGGACCUAAGCCUAAGUCUGAUAGAAAACCACUCAUCACCCCAGCACUACGUCGAAAUGGUCCAGACGACACUUAUGUGCUAAAGGCGAUGUCAAUUACUAUUGAAACUGCUAAACAAGAGAUAUGCCUCGCAGAAGAUGAUGAUGUCAUCUUCGCGCAAAUUGCACCAUACCUCGCGUGGAUUGAAUUUUUAAUUGGGUGGAUUCACAUCACACUUCGCGAGUUUAUUGGUUGGUGA